CAACACAUAUAUAUUGAGUUAAAACCGACAGAGCAAAAUUCGUAUUAAUUGUUGUUUGAUGUUUUAAACGGGAAAUUCAAAAUAAUUUUGCUAAUUAAAAUAAAACAUUUAAACUUCAGGAGGAUAUCUAAGCCUUUGCUCAUUGUCUCCAUUUAAUAGAAGAAACGCAAUUUACUUCCAGAUUAAAGAUGACAACACAUGAUGGGGCUCAGUCAUACUUCUCACGUCUUAAUUCUAUUUCCGAAAAGAUUACUUUCGAUCUAAAUAAAGUUAAAUCUGCACAUAGUCAAGAUGUUUGGCUUGCAUUGACUUUAAACGAACAGGAAAAAAUAUUGAACGACCACUUAAUAGAUCCUAAUAUAUUUUCUAAGUACUGCCAUAAGACUGAAGAAAACUAUGCGGCACAAGAUCCGCAAGUACGUACUGAACUUAGUAAAAAUGAUUACCGUAAAUUUUGUUACAGAGACAUUGUUUAUGUAUAUAACGGCCAAGACUUGCACACAUAUAAUUAUCAAAACGUAGGUUUAAAAAUAUUAAAGGAUGAAAACACAGGAAAUUUUCGAGAUGAACAUUCGUAUCCAUUUUCUUUUCGAACCAAAUCACAAAUUAACAUUGUAUUAAAAGAGUUAAAAUGUCUUGUCGAAACUCCCAUUGGCGUUAAAAAAGCCAUUAAUUUAAAAGUAAAGACAACAGAUACAAAAAUACCAAUUCUUCAGGUUAAUACUAAUGAUAAGAUCGACAUUAAUCCAACGAAAAGAAAGAUUUCUAUUCUUGAAAAGUACCCAAAAAACGAAGGUGUAUAUAUUGACGAAUAUAUUGAAUCUAAUGAGAAAAUUCAACUACUGUUUAAAUGUGGAUCGAAAAACAGUAUACCUAAUGACUUGUCUGAUUAUGAAAAUGAAUUUAAAGAUGUACGUCAAGACGAAAAUACAAAACUUUUAUCCCCUCAACUAAAAAUGCCUAAGGGUUUUGAUUUUCUUAGUAAUUGGUAAAAAAAAUUGUCGAAGGAGGGCUGUUUUUUUAUAACAAAUAAUUUGACAAAAAACAUUAAAAAAUUAAAAUUGAUCUUUCGUAAGUCCAAAUUUUGAAUUCAAUAUUUUUAUAAACA